GGUGAAGCUCAUUGGUCCAAUUGGACCAAUCGGAUCGCAUGACGGCGUGUACCGGAACAGCAGACGAUGCGAAAAGGUGGAAGUAUCUAGAUUUGCACUUUUAACAAGGUUCAACGAAGAAAAAGUCUUUGCUAGGAUAUCUUAAGAGUUUCUUUCAAACAAACCUUAUACUCGAAGACAUGAAGGAAGCCACAGGAUGUAUUUUUAUAAUAGUUUGCAUUCUUCCUUUGCUGACAACUGCUGAAGUAGAUGUGGAGAAGAUCAGCAAAAAAGUUACUGACAAAUAUGUGGAAAAGCAAAUUUCAAAAUCCACAAUUCUGCCCCCAUGCCAAGCCUGCAAAGCGCUUGUUGGAUCAUUUACAAAGGGUAUGGAUCGAACUGCUCGCAAUAAGUUUGAUGGAGGGGACACUGCUUGGGAAGAACAGAACAUGGGCUCCUAUCGCAACAGUGAAGUCAGAUUGGUAGAGAUUCAAGAAAAAUUAUGCCAAGAACUGGAGAAGGGGGAAGAUCAAUGUCAUAAAUUGGUUGAAGAGGCAGAAACUUACAUUGAAGAAUGGUGGUUCAAAAUGCAGCAAGACACAGACUUGCAUGAUUAUUUAUGCAUAGAGUCACUCAAGAGCUGUUGUCCUAGUGACCAUUAUGGGCCGGAGUGUACGCCCUGCCCAGGCUAUCCAGAUAGAGUUUGUAGUAACAAUGGAAGAUGCAAGGGUAAUGGGACUCGUAAAGGUAAUGGUGCUUGUGCCUGCGAUGCUGGUUAUACUGGGCCUGAGUGUGGUUCAUGUGCCAAUGGUUAUUAUCAAGCCUACAAAGACGAGAAAGUUGUACUUUGUUCACCCUGUCAUGUAUCCUGUCAAGGGUCGUGCACACAAGCAGGUUCCAAAGGUUGUCUAGCUUGCAAAGCAGGCUAUUCAAUGGACGUGGAGCAAGGCUGUGUGGACAUCAAUGAAUGUGUUGCGGAAGACAGGGAACCCUGUGGCACUAACCAGUUCUGCGUAAAUAAUGAAGGCUCCUUCUCCUGCCUUGAUUGCGACCGAGCCUGCAAUGGUUGUGAUGGUGACGGUCCUGAUAAUUGUUUUGCAUGUGCCAAAGGGUACUUCUUGAAUGACAACAUGUGUCAGGAUGAAGCACAGUAUUCAAGAGACCGUCAUGUUGUGGUAGCCCGAUAUGCAGUGUAUGCUGGAUUAACGGUGGCAACUUGCAUUAUAUUUCAAAACAACCAGAAGGUAGCAUAUGGUAUUGGGCUUGCUGUAGCUCUGUACAUCACAGCCUCUGAACAUUUUAUCAGUCAAAGCAACCAAAAUGCUGGACCAAAACUUCCAUUGAAUGAUAUGUGAUAAUUUGUCUUGUGACAUUGCAACCUAUUAUCUUUAUGUGAUACUUAAUAAUAAGACUUACCGUGUGUGAAUAUAUUAUUGAUUGAAGCAGCCCGCGUUUUAUACUUUUUACAUUGGCUUUUAUUCAUCCUGCUUGAUUGAAGCUGACUUGAUUCAUACCUUAGGUUCCUGCCAAUUCUUUUACUGACAUUUAUCAUUUGUAAUGUCCUUUAUUUGAUUUUCAAUACCAUAUUUCAAUAUAAUGUCUUAUGGAGGUGUGCAUUGGAGUAGUUCCAAUGUUUUUAGUGCUCACUGCAAGUACAGUUUUGUUGUUGAAGUUGUGUAAAUCAUGUAAAUAUUGGUAAGUUCUGUAUUAUUAGCAUUAAGAAUUUCUUCCCUUUGAACCACUGCUCCAAUCACCUUUAGAUCAUGGGAUGGGUAUUGGUAUUGAAAAAUGAGCCAACAUACCAACAAACAAUAGCAAGUGUGUUGUCUGAUGAUACCACAGUCUACAGGAAUUCUUGAACUAUUAUUCCUGUUAUAUGUGGGUGUGUGCGUAUGUGUGAGUGUGUGGAAAAGUACCAACUUCGAUACAGGAUAAUUAAGUAACAAAUGAAAAUAUUUCCCCUGAUCUCAAUAAAACAAUCCAUUUAUCAGAAGUAA